UCAGAAACAUCACAAUCAUGUUCUUCUUUCAAGAGCCUCCUAUCUUGCGCUGGCACGAGCGUGCACGAUGUCGGAGGCAGCGGCGAGCACGAUUGUCCUUAUGGCUGAUAUCUAGUAGAAACUGAAACCUUAUCCUUAACGCAUGAAGAUGAUGAUGCUUUUAUACUACUAAUCUUGAACUUCAUGAUUUGUGCUUGGAAAGACGAAGAUGCGUCCAACAUGGACCAGGACACUUUUCCCUCGUCUCAAUCUAAUGCUAGCACUCAGUUCGUCGGUUCCCGGUACACUCGGAGUCCUAUCGCUGUUUUUUUCCCGGUGCUCCUCAUCAUUGCUCGGACUUUUCUAUGCUGCUGCAAAGCAAAUCACGCGCAGAGAUGACGGCACGGCGUUUGGUACAUCAAAUCCAAAUGAAUUGUCUUGUUGUUAUCAAGGACUACUGGCUUUGAAAGAUGCACUGACAUGACAUGAUAUGACAUGACAAUCUUCACAGUGACUAUCUUGACAUCUUCCACAGUAAGUACUUCAACUACAAUUUCAACUUCAUAUCCUGAUCUAGCAGGGUGCGUGAUCAUUGUGAUCCAUCCCUACAACUUCUGAUCGACAUCAGUCAUUCUUUUGAAUCAAAAAACAGACGUGGAGCUAGAGCGAAAGCGAGCUGGCGAGGGAAACAGUGACGAGCCUAAUGGCGUUGCCGAUGUACAGGAAGAUGAGGACAACGGGUCCACAAUCUCGAGUUUUUCCACCGUAUCUCCGGACGGGGAAGUGAAUCUUGAGCCAGGAAAAGGACCGAAAGACAAAGCGCUUUUUGAUGAUAUUGUACUAAGAUUCAUUAUAUCUAACGUUUACGAUUACUUACUACCAGGAUCAGAUUGAUUGAAUAUGCAGACAGUUUGAUCUUGCACCUUCAUCGACCACAAUCAAAGAUAAUCCUUUUUCUCUUGGGUAUUCUCAAUGCAUAAGUAGAAAAAUUUGAUUUGAAUUUGACGUUCACGAUAAAGAUUGAUUUUGGCACGGGUUUAUUUUCUUAUUCGUUUUUCAGGUCGACCUUCAGAUGGUUCGGACGGAUAGCAGUUUUGUGAGUGUAGGGGCCGCAGGAGGAAUUUUUAGUGAUCUGAAACAUCAAUUGCUGAAGAAUGGAAAGCGGCAAGACGAACUCCUUAAUGAUGUUGAGCUCCUGCAAGUACAAGGAGAACAGCUGCAAGGGUCCGCGCCAGUACUAGAAAAAUUAGAACAGCUAAGACAAACGCGAGAAGAAGAGAAUCGGAUACUACAGAAGCUGAAGCAACUAUAUGGAGGACGAAAAGUGUCCACCGACAACAAGAAUAAACAACUGGUAGUAUCCCUUUCUGCUCCAUGGCCGCAGGCGCAGGCGCAGCCGCUGUCCGUGAGGCUAUUUAGCUCCCCCGAGGGCACAGCGCCAUUUGUUGCGUUAUCGGUAGAAAAUCGCGAGGCUCUCGCGAAUCCCCUUUCCAAAGUAGUGGAUCAAAUCACUGUAAAUCAUGUACUAGACGCGGCAAAUGCAGCACAUCAUCAAGGAGGUGGCCAAGCUCCCAAGUACCGAGUGCUUUUCACACAGCCUGGCGCAAUUUCUACUUCAACAGGUCCACUCGCGAUUACCGACACCGCCCGCACACCGGAACAAAGGACUCAAUACUUCAACGCUCUGGAGAAUGACUCCCUGCGCUGGUCCAAUCAACUGAUCCUCCUUUUGAAUAUUAAGCAGAUUUAUCUCGAAAUGUGCCGCUACAACUUCUACAACUUGAAAGAUGAAUACCAGGAGCAAUUCGGUGAAGUUGAAGUUGCUGGAAGUGUAGGCGACAACGAACUACUGAGAGACGCGGAGGCUGCCGUGCGACUGCGAGGUCAGGAUCGGGAUUUGGUGCAGAUCUUCAGCGUCGAUAACAACGAUCCCCAUUUCGACGCUGCACAAUUCACAGAGGAGAUUCGAGGUGACGACUUUCGCCCAGAGGCAGUAGUGCGCGAAGUAGUUAUACAGGACAUCACAUCAACAUCAGGAGAUGGAGGGUUGGACUUCACCUCCAUGUUGAAUGAGGUCCGAAGUCGAGUACUAGAAGUAGAGGCACAGAGUGCGCAGAAGAUGACUCUGCCAGCAAAUUGUGAUCGCGGUCCACUUCAAAUGACAUCCUAUACGGUAACAUGUGCAACCACUGGGAAGGAUAGCAGACAGCAUGGCUUUAGAAAGUUCCAAGUGGAGUUUGCGCUUGCCUGCGACUCGACUGCUCGAGUAGAAGAACCACCACCAUCGGAACUCCAGAAGCAACUUAAAGCGCUCAAGCAGAAAGGACAAGAACUCCAGGAGGGAGAAGAAGGACUCGGGAAGCAGCGACUAGAUCUCCAGACUCAACAAGAACGACUCCAGCAGCAACAUUAUGAUCUCCUGAACGAACAAAAGCAGCAGCAGGAGCGACAAGAACGCCUGGGGGAACAGCAACAAGAACUCCAGAAGCAGCCACAAGAGCUCCAGAAUGAAGAAGAAGAACUCGGGGAGCAACGAAUAGAAUUCGAGCGCGAGCGAAAAGCACUCCAGGAAGAACAUCGACUAGGACUCGAAGAAUUAUUGGAGAAGCGACAACAUCUCGAGCAGGAGCGAGAGAAACUCCAAAACGAUCAUCAACGAGAACUCCGUGAAGAGAAACGAGGACUCCAUUCUCGAAAAGAACAAUUCCGGAAGCAACGUGCAGACUUGCAGACUCAACAAGAACAACUCGAGAAGCAACGACGAAAACACCAAGAGCAGCAACAAGAACUCCCGCAAGAGCAACAAGAGCUCCAGAGGAAACGAGAAGAACUCGCGCGGAAACAUCUUCGUCAGCAAAUGGGACGACAAGUUACAACAGUGCCAGUGGAGACGUUAGAAGAAUCUUUGGCCGCAAGUAGCGGUGACGAGGCUUUCAUAGGAAAUUCGAAUAAACUAAUUGAAGUAGUCCUUCAAGAUGGAGAACAAGAGAACAAAAAGCAGGUGUUGAAGCUACGGAAAUUAACCCUCUCCGCGGAAAACAAGCUGCCGUUUCCGUUUAUUGAUUGGCAAGAAGAGGAGCAGGAGCACGACAUUGCGACAGCAUUAGACGCGACGACGUUGAACAUUCAGGAAGUAUCCGCCACAGGUACAGUGCCGUUCUACCUCGAGGAUCAUCAAAAACGCCUUCCUUUUUACCGUUUCCUAUUCAAACAGCCUGGUGCAGUAGUAGUAGAGUCAAGUGGAGAGUCAGAGUCGGUAAAAAAUUUCCUCGUCAAUAGUGACGAGAAAAAAGCAUACUUCACGCCUCUGGAUCAAGAUCCGCGAAACUGGUCCAGGCAACUAUCUCUACUCGAAGAUCCCCAGAUAAAGCAGAUCUUCGCCGAAAUGUGCCGCUUCAACUACAACUUUGAACGGGAAUACGCCGAACAAUUCCGCCCGUUUGAACAAGGUGACACGCUGCUACACGUAUUGAAGAAUAAGUUCAACAUUGACAACGAAGACGAGGCGGCUGGUGGAAAACAAUUCUCACAGCAGAUUCGCGCUGACAGAGCUUUAACAGAACAAGAAGUACGCGAAGUAAUAGUACAGGAACACUUUCUACUAAGAGACGAUAACACACCAACAGACUUCAACACCAUGCUGGCCGAGGUCAAAGACAGAGUGGCAAAAAAAGGGAAACUCCCUGCAGGAAUAUCAAGAAACACUGCCGCGGAAGAAUCUUUUCGCGCAGGACCGUACACCAUAAUGUGUGCAACCCGAGGCGAGGCUAAGUGGACAGACUUCCUCCCCUUCAGAAAGAUUGCUGUUCAUUUUGAAUUUGACUACGACUCUCAAGUCACUGUACGACCGUAA